AGAGCCAAUUAUGUCAAUGCAACCGGACCCUCUGUAUAUACUAUCGGUGCAUAUCCAGAAUCUAGCACUAAACCAAAUUGGGCAUCUAAUUAGCCUCCAUUCUUUGUCAGAUAUACGCAUCACCCGAUGUUGUUGCAGUUUCAACAUAAGAGAGCUGAGGAACAUCAACCAAGUUAGGAAGCUGAGAAUUGAAGGAUUGAGUAACGUUCGUCAUAUCAGGCAUGCAAAUGAAGCCCAACUACAGAGGAAAAAACACCUCCGUUCACUACAUUUGGGCUUCGAUGUUGUAAUCAUGAGCAGUGUCCAUGUGGUCUGCAACCAGAAUCAGUGAAAAUACCACACGACCAACUACUUGAUAGCUUGCGACCACACUACAAUCUACGUGAACUGAGCAUAAGUUCUUAUGAUUCAGCAAUAUACCCCAGUUGGGUAGGGGAUCGUUCCUUCUUCAUGUUGACCACCAUAAAAUUAUUCGGUGGCCAAUUCAAACACCUCCCAGUGCUUGGUGGUUUACCUUCACUCAAGAACCUCCAUGUUGGCUAUACGGAUUCUGUCGAAGACAUUGGCCGUGAGUUAUUCAUCAGACAGUUUGCAGGAGAUGAAUACUUCCCUUCAUUGACAAACCUGGAAUUCAUGUUCUUUUCAGAGUGGUCAGAAUGGUCUGGAGUGGAUGAUGGUGAACCUCCAUGCCUAAAUGAACUGUCGCUAUUGAUGUGCGACAAACUGAGUUCUCUUCCAUUGGGGCCACUUCGGUGUUUGGUAAUCCUGAAUAUUCGUGAGUGUCAUAACAUUGCUACAUUACCUGCAUUGCUUGCUCUUCGUGAACUAAAGAUUGCUGGAUGUUCUAGUCUAAGCGAAAUUCCAACUCUCCCAUCACUUUCGAAAUUGGACAUAUCCAAAUGUCGAAACCUUAGUUCCAUUGGUCUCCACCCCUCCUUCACCACCUUGCAACCUCACAGCUCUUCAGACCCAGGUAUUGGUGCAGUAAGUUCCCUCGCCAAGCUCACAGAAUGCACCCUAGCGACCUGUCCAAAUCUUAGUGCAGUUUGUUACCUCCCUUCACUCAGUACCUUAGAUCUCAUGUUUGGAAUGAGAGAUGAGUUACUGUACUGUCUGCUGAACGACCUCCCAUCAUUGAACAGCUUAAAAAUUUCUUCUUUUGAUGUUACAUCCAUACAUCUUAAACACAAAAGUCUUCCCUCACUUACAAGGCUCUGCUUAAUGUACUGCCCUAACCUCCAGUACUGUGAUGGGCUUCCUAGUCUAACUUCCCUUGAGCAUCUGGAGGUUCGUUACUGCCCAAAGCUCCCCAUAUAUAAUCUGCAUCCAUCGCGGCUCAAAACUCUUAUCAUUAAAGAUAAAUGAACACGGUAUGUAAUCUGCUGUUGUCCGCUUUGUCUAAUUUCCUAACGUUCUCGCUUAUUUUGUUUCUCCAUGCUCUUUCAGCAAGUUCAAACUCUGCACUGCUUACAUGGCAGCCUUAGGCAUCUCAAUUCUUGGUCUCUGAUGUUCUGAUGUAAUAUUUUGGAAUGGAGCCAGCUAAGGCUAGUAUUAUUUUCUGUUCAAACCUUGGUCCAAUUGUUGUCACGAUCCAUUCACCACACAAAACGCAUAUUAUUGUAUAUAGUUAUUAAUUUAAAUACAACUUAGGAUCCUUUUGGAUGCAGGUAUUCAGGUGAAGGGAUUGCAUUGGGGUACCAAUUCCAAAUCUGGGUGGAAACGGGAAUGGCGUAAUGCCAAUGUUGCUGUUUGGAUGUGUUUAUAUUACAAGAAUCUUAUCCACCUGCUGGACCUUCACUUCACUGCAGUUCCUACUUCCAAACCAUGUCUCAUAGCAUGGUGAAGCAUUUGAAAACUUGGGUUGCAUCAUGAUAAUCAGUUUCUGGACAUCUUCGCUUGAUUUCUCAUUCAUAAGACCUGACCAAUUCUGAAGCUCAGCUCUGCGCAAAUUCUAACCGUAGUAAAAGAGGACCCUACGAAAGAAAGCAGAGGACACGGCAUUCUGUUCCAUUCACCUGACUCAUGGAUGGAACAACAUGGUGAUAGUAGCAGGUCUUUUAACUCAAUUGCACGAGGGACAUUUUCACGAUUAAGUGGACAAUGUUUUGAAACAAUUUAGCAAGCCUUGAAAUUUGUGAUGGACUGAAAGUAAUCGCAUGUGUACUUUGUAGCCACAGUGCCUACUGAAUAUCCAGCCUGAUCGAACUGCUCAA